ACCGUCUACACCCCUCUAUUUUCGCGGCCAACAAAAUCUAUUCUCGUAAUCUUUCCAUCUCUUCCCAUAAAUUUUCCCAUUUUUUGGGGUUAAAAAUCAACAUAUCCUGAGCGCAAUUGCAAUCGAAGUUCUAGAAAUUACCAUAGCCCAGUAUCAUAAAAGCCAAGAAAAUCCCACCAGCUUUAGCAGUAGCGGUUUAAGGUUGAGAGUUUUUGGUCUGAUUGAUAGCAGCCAUGAGUGGUGGAGGUUUUGUUCAUCUCUUUGUUCUGACACUCCUAUGGAUUUUGCUGUCAAAUGCAUCAUCUUUGAGCAUUAAAUCGGCAACAGAGCAAAAUAGCGGCGAAUCCCGUGUUGGCAAAUUUCCUCCUUCAUGCACUCGUAUCGAAUGCCCAAGCUAUGACGUCAUUCAUUCCGGGAAAGGGUUCGAAAUCCGGCGGUACGACUCGCCGGUGUGGAUGUCUACUUCUCCCAUUGAUGAUAUUUCGCUUGUCGAGGCCACUAGAACUGGUUUCUUGAGGCUAUUUGAUUAUAUUCAAGGAAAGAAUGAGUAUCAGAAGCAAAUAGAGAUGACAGCUCCUGUGAUCACUGAAGUCAAACCUAGUGAUGGACCAUUCUGUGCUUCGUCGUUCAUCGUGAGCUUCUAUGUUCCUAAGGUUAACCAAGCAAACACUCCACCAGCCAAGGGGCUUCAUGUGCAGAGGUGGGAAAAAACUUAUGUUGCCGUGAGGCAAUUCAGCGGGUUCGUGGCUGAUUCUGACGUCGCGGUUGAAGCCUCUGCCUUGCAUGAUAGUGUCUCUGGAACUAAGUGGGCAGAUGCAAUUGACAAGAGCCAUGCUGGAGAGAACACAACUAUCUACACUGUUGCUCAGUACAACUCUCCUUUCGAGUUCCAGGACAGAGUAAAUGAGAUCUGGCUGACCUUUCAGUGGAAUGAAGAUCAAACUGUAAGGAUCUAAUUACUGGAAAUUGGCUGUUUACCAUAUCUAGCAUACAAUAAUGUUGAUCAAAACUUCAGUAUUGUCUAACUCCUGUUUGCUUCUGUCAUCCUUUGAUCACCAUCUACCUCUCAAACAGCAAUCAUAACUUCGAUUACUAUCUUAAAUGUUUAGAUACAGUUUUGAGGUUGCAAGUAGUAAUUUUGGUCGCUGGGUCAUCAGUUAUAGUAGUGAUGAAAUGAGGUUGUAAAAGGAAUAAUUGCUAUAUCAUUUUUAGAUGAGGAUGUAACAGAAUAAUUGAUAUAUAUUACUUGUUAAAACGCGGUCAUUGUGAUUGAAUUUGAAUGCUAAGAACCUCUUUUAGUAGUGAUGAAAUGAGGUUGUAAAAGGAAUAAGUGC